GUUUGGAACGUCACCCACAAGAGACGUUUUUGUACUCUGAACUCCGAGGAGCAAACAGAGAAAGAGACUACGUGGAUAGCGUGUGACUAAAAGUGGAAGUGAAAGUCAGACUUGAGGCUUUUUCUCCAUCUAUGGCGUGCAGCAGUAUGAAGCAGGCUGAGGCUCAGAGUCUCAGUGAGGAUCUUACAUGUUCCAUAUGCUGGGAUCUGUUCAGAGAUCCAGUUAUGCUUGGCUGCAUGCAUCACUUUUGCAGGCCGUGCAUCACUACCUACUGGAAAAGUAUCCGAGGUCCAGCUGCGUGCCCUCAGUGUCGCAAGGAAUUCCCGAAAAAACAGUUUCAGACCAACUAUUUGGUGGCUGGUCUGGUCGAAAAGGUCAGAACCAAUGCGUCAGUUGCGUCCGUGAGGAAUUUACAGAAACAAUUUAAGGAUGCGAUGGAAUCUCAUCAAUCACAGAAAGAACAGCUAAUUGCCAUGAUCCGUAAAGGUGAAGAAGAGAUGAGCACAUUAAAGAAAGCGGGAGCUGAUCUCAGGGAGAGGGUGUGUUACGACUUCCAGACUCUGCACCAUUUCUUGCAAGUGGAGGAGGCAGCCAUGCUGGACCAGCUAAGGAGGGAUCAGAUGGACCUUGAGCACAAUCUGGAAUGCCAACUAGAGGCUCUGCAUACCGCAGUUCAAGAGCUGGAGCAGACUAUGGGCUCACUCCGAACAGCUACCAGCAAAGCACGGAACAUGGCACCAGUGGAGCUACCAGAAUUAAAAUCCAGAACAAAUGUUCCAGCCAUCAAAGGACCUUCUAUUGAGGGUUUGAAGAGAAAAUACAUAGCACCACUUCAGUACACACUGUGGCGAAAAAUGUUUAAAAAUUUAAAACCAGGCCCGCUUUCACUGACUUUCGAUGAGGACACGGUUCAUCCCACCCUCCAGCUCUCUCGAGACAGGACCCAAGUGGUUGAGACUGAAACCAUGCUUCCAUACAAACCCAAUCCGAAGCGCUUCAUUCAGUGCGUCAAUGUUCUCGCAGCCCAAGGAUUCCAUACAGGCAGACAUUAUUGGGAGGUGGGUGUUGGCACCAAGCCCAAGUGGGACAUAGGUGUUGCCCUGGAAACAGUGAAUCGACAGGCACGGGUUAAGCUCUGCCCAAAUAAUGGGUACUGGACCAUGCGUCUGCGCAACAACACAGAGUACUCAGCAGGCACCCAACCAUGGACCCCAGUACACGUGACCACUCGACCUGUAAGAAUUGGGAUCUUCGUAGACUGUGAGGAACGCAUAGUUUCCUUCUACAAUGCUGAUGACAUGAGCCUUAUGUACUCAUUCUGCAACGGGCCCAGAGGGAAGGCUUUUCCAUUCUUUAGCACAUGCCUCAGUGAGCCUGGGCAGCGAGCUCAGCCCAUCCAUCUCCUGCACUUCCUCAGCAUGGCUAUCUGAUAGCUAGAAGCCUCAGAUCUUUAUACAGUGUAAAUUACAUACAUAUAGACUACAUACAUAUAGACACGUGGCAUUAAAAUGCGACCUGUAUCUGGAUGUUGUCCACAUACACAUUGAAAAGACGAGUGUAAAUGCAUUUGUUAUCGGAAUGUUUUUUGACCAAGGUGUCCAGGUCAUGAGGUAGUUGAGGAUGCAUUGUGAUCGGAUCUUCGUAUAAUGCAAACGCAAUCCAGCCAUCACGUGUGGAGCGCGUGUGAAAACGCCACCCAUGGAGCGCGUAUGAGACUCUAUUUCUAUCUUUGUGGAUUGAUGCUGUUCACUAUAUUCGACAACAUGCAGCUAACAACGUAAAAUAAGUUCUAGAUUAACAUUUUAUGUCUCAUGGAUGGACGGUCCCAGUCUUACAACUGCUUGUAGUAGGAUAGAAUGCCUUCCUUUCCUGUUGUAGUAAUAAGAUACGUUGUCUCUGGGGGAUAAUAUUGGGAUAUGGGUCCCAUCUAUCGCCUCAGUACACUGAGAGAAGCCAUACCUCUCUUCAAACCCAUGCUCCACCUCGUUCAGUCUCUCUGCAGCGGGCUUACUUGUGCUGACAUGUGAGUGAUUUUAGCCAAGGUGCCACCUCAUGCACACUUUACCAAACUACAGCUUUGCUGACACAGAAGAGAUGAAUAAUUGUCUGAAAGCAGUCACCUGUAGUAAGUACAGUGCCAGAGCAAAUCUUUUCUCCACAGCUCACAUCACUGCACAUAGCGGUGUGGUUUUGCUAAACAGCCGAAGGUGGAGUUUGCUUUCAUACCUGAAAGUUGCAGAACCAUUCAAUCUCUGUAAAGUAUGUGCAUUUUUCCCACCACAGCUUGGAACGAUCCCGGACCCAUAGGUUUCUUUUUACUGUUUUCAUUACGCCAGCUCUCCACCUUAGUAAUAUCUGUAACCUCCUCAUCCUUCUUGUUUUAUGAGAUUUGUAAAAAUCUCCCAUGACUGAAAAUGUUUUUCUUUUAAAAUAAAACCCACUAGUACUUCAGGUCGACUUUGCUGACCUUUUUUUUGCCUCUGCAGACUUGAACAGUGCGCAGGAAAGACAGAUCUGAUCAGAUAUCCAGACACAGAAGCCACAUGGUGGUGACAAGUUGUAAACACACCGUGUCCUGAUUGGCUGAUGAUCUCAUCUGCUUGAUUGGAUUACAGUGAUCACAUUUUAAUGCCAAGUGUAAACGCAGCCAUAGACUGACUGGGCAAAAAAAAAAAAUCACAUCUUGGAUUGAAUUCAGGAAAUCAAAUCAAGAGCCUUCCAUUGGAUAAUUACUACAGUGAUUUAUGUUUCAGCUGGCAACAAGUUAUUUAACCCAAGCUGAUGCAGCGAGUAGGUUCUCAUUUAUUAAACAACCAUGUAAGAAGACAUGUCCUGGGGUCGUGGAAAAGUUACUCGGUUUGAAAAGGGUCAAAUUAUUGGCCUGCAUCGAGCAAAGGAAACAAGUAAAGAGAUUGCUGAAAGAACUGUCGAGCGCAUUAUUAAAACGUGGUGAACACAGUGGUGGGUUCUUCUUUGAGGAAGAAAUGUCAGAAAGAAAAUCUUGAACAGUGAAAGUAAGGGCAUUACCACACACACAAUGUGAAGAGAACUCAAGGGAUUGGGACUAGACAGCUGUCUGGCCUUAAAAACAGCUGUGUAGCCUUGUGGUUAAUCAGGAAAGAGGCUUUAAUUUGCUAAGGAGCAUGACGAUUCUGGAGCAAUGGAAAAAGACCCUGUUGCAGAGUGAUGAGCACAUAAGGGUAAGAGUGUGUAGGGGGGAGUGUUAUGAUCUGGGGUAGCUUCAUUUGGUCAUUGCCUGAAAAAGGCGUCAUCUGGCUACCUGAAUGUACUGAAUGACCAAUUUUUUCCAUCGGUAGAUUUUUUUUAUUUUUUUUUUGUCUUUUCUGAUGGCAUGUUUAAAGAUGGCAAUGCCAGGAUUCAUCAAGCUCAAAUAGUGAUUUUGAGCAAAGAGUGGUUCAGAGAGCAUGAGGUCUUCAUUUUCACAAAUGGCUUGGCCACCAGAGAGUCCAGACCUUAACACUAUUGAGAUGGGAUGUACUGGAGAAGAUUCAUAAGUAUAAGAUCUUGGUGAGAAUUUAAUGCAACUCUGGAUGGAACUAAAUAUUUUGAUCUUGCAUAAGCUUAUUGUAACAAUGCCACGGCAAAUAAUCAAAGCAAAAGGUGAUGCAAGGAAACGUACAUUUUUUUCACAAGACAUUAAAUCAUUUACAUAGCUCACCAUGCACAUUUUAGUCAUGAUACUGCUGUCACCAGUCAUGUUUUAUUCCUGCAUAUUCAAUAUCUCAUGUAAAUCAUUUACUCUGGCAUUAAAUGUACUAACAAAGAUCAAUGACAGUUUUUUUAAUCUGGUUAGGUUGAGAGCAGCUGCCGAAAGCUAUGAUUUUUUUGAGGAUUGACAGUGAUGAAGUAAAGCAUCAUCGCUAACCUUGUCAUGUUGAUCAAGCAAUGUCACUCUAAUCUAAUGUCAUGUCAUAUACUGUGUCAUGUUGCUGUCUCUGUCAUUGACUCUGUAAACAAUUAAUUUGUACCUGCACUUGAGCAUUUUUAUUUUCAUUAUAGGAAUGCUGGAUGAACUAUAAAUAUUUGCUGAUGUGUUUUGCUGAUCUAUUCAGGAUUAAUUUUCUAAUCAGACACUCUAUAUAAUGUACGCAACUAAUAAGCAGUAAUAAAUCUAAAGAAUUUUUA